AUGGCGCAUAAGCAUCAGAGUGACCUUUACAAAUUUCACAGGCCAAGGAUAAAUCUCCGGGAGACACCUAAUCCAUUGAAGGAGGAGUCGAAAGCAUGCUUGAGGCGGCUCGCCUUGUACCGUAGCAAGCCACCGAAGCUGAAGUUCCCCAGGUCGAGAUGUGCGGCGGUACUCGUGGCCUUGUUUGUAGGCCGAAUGGGUGACUUGUAUGUCGUACUUAGCCGUCGGUCUGCGAGCCUGAGAUCGUUUCCGGGUGACACCUCACUUCCGGGCGGUAAGGUCGAACCCCAAGACCGCACGAUCGAAGACACUGCGCGUAGAGAGGCAUUUGAAGAGAUAGGUCUACCUAUGGACCGGCACAAAGCACCACUGCUAUGCGUCCUCGAGCCUUUCAUGGCGCGCGAUCAAUUGAUCGUUACUCCAGUUGUAGUUCUCAUCCUGGACAACACCCUGCGCCCGAUUCUCAACAGAUCGGAAGUUACCUCUCUCUUCUCGCAUCCCCUCGCGGCCUUCCUCUCCUCCGAGUCGCCCUUCCCUCAUGACCCCGAAACCACGGAGCUCCCCUAUCACUCAUACGACGACAUUAACUGGAGAUGGGGAAGAUACAGCCAGUCGGGAGAGAAGGAGCGGAAAAUCAGGAUGCAUAGGUUCCUCACCGGGAGAGAAGCCGGCGGGGUGAAGCCCGUGUUUGGUUUAACCGCAGCGAUCCUGAUCGAAGUCGCAACCAUUGGCUACGCCCAAGAACCCGAAUUCGAAGUGGAGGCUCCCGACCAGCCGUCGCAGUUCGAGCGGAUCGUGUGCGCAAUGAAGUAUACGGAACACUUUCGAGAAGCCCAGAGAGAAGAAGGGUUGGAUCCUGACAAAGUCCCGGACCCGGCCAAGUUCAGAGACCACUCAAGGCGAAGAUCUAAUCGACGGCGAAGGAUACGCAGUCGCUUGUAG